AGGGAUUGUCAUUGGUUAAAAGCGCACACUUCCUGGUUGGCUCUGCGUGUUGUUGUUCAUUUAUUCGGCUAAAUUUCCUUUUCUAAACCCACCAAAACUGAAAGUACGGAUAAAUUGGGCAACAUCUCUCUUUACAGACUCCAUCCAGUCGUUAGCAUACGGACAGGUGGGGGUCUUAGCGGGCCGUUGAAACCGAGAGGGCGGCAGAGAGAGUGGAGCCGAUCCGCGAACCUCCGCACCGCAGCUACCCGGACAGCAGAGCGCUUUAGCCGGGGACAGGGUAGCAGCGAUCGGUGAAGCAGUAACACUACUCCUACUUCAUCUGGACGUUAAAUAAAAGAACCAUCUGUAACUUUGUGGACAGAUUGGAGCAGAGUGAGCAUGAGGUUGGAUUGGCUGUAGGAUGAAGAGUCCCGCCCACCGCACACGGGACAUUGAGCGUCAGCCUGGCUACCUGGGCCCCGAGCACUGCACCCCUCCCCCUCCCCGCACCUCCUCCGACACCAUGUGGUUCAUUCGGGAUGGGUGCGGUAUCGUGUGUGGGAUCAUUACCUGGUUCCUGGUUUUCUACGCCGAGUUCGUGGUGGUUUUCGUGAUGCUGCUCCCAGUGAAAAACGUGGCCUAUAGUCUCUUCAAUGGAGUCCUGUUUAACGGACUGGCUUUCCUCGCCUUAGCCUCGCAUGCCAGGGCCAUGUGCACAGACCCGGGCGCUGUGCCGAAGGGGAACGCCACCAAAGAGUUUAUCGAGAGUCUGCAGCUCAAACCGGGGCAGGUGGUUUACAAGUGCCCCAAGUGCUGCAGCAUCAAACCAGACCGGGCUCACCACUGCAGUGUUUGCAAGCGCUGCAUUAAAAAGAUGGACCAUCACUGUCCCUGGGUGAACAACUGUGUGGGAGAAAACAACCAGAAAUACUUUGUGCUUUUCACUAUGUACAUUGCACUGAUCUCCUUCCACGCUCUCAUUAUGGCGGCCUUCCAUUUUGUUUUCUGUUUUGAGCAGGACUGGGCAAAGUGCAGUAACUUCUCUCCUCCGGCCACUGUGAUCCUGUUGAUCCUUCUGUGCUUUGAGGGGCUCCUCUUCCUCAUUUUCACUGCUGUGAUGUUUGGGACUCAGGUCCACUCCAUUUGCUCUGAUGAGACCGGGAUCGAGCAGUUGAAGAAAGAGGAGAGAAGAUGGGCCAAAAAGUCCAAAUGGAUGAACAUGAAGGUAGUUUUCGGACACCCAUUUUCACUGGCCUGGCUCAGUCCCUUUGCCACUCCAGACCACGGCAAAGCAGAUGUCUACCAGUACAUCGUGUGAGGAAAGAUAAAAAAUAUGAACUCCUAAACUGCUCUUUAUAUUUUCUUUACGGAUGUAUCUUGGUGUUAUACUGUAAACUUUAUUGAAAUUAUGUUUUUUCAAGUGUCACGUUUUCUUUUUAUUAUUCUUGUUGGGUGCUGAUUGAGAUUUGGGAAGUAUGGGUGCUUCUCAAACUUUAAAAUACUCUGGAAAUUAUUAAAGGCCCUAUAUUACGCAGAAUGGACUCUUGUCAACUGUAAAACAUGCUAUAAUGCUGCUACCUCUUCAAAAACAUACCUGGAGCUUUGUUUUGUUUCAUUCACAGAUAAUAAUUCACAGUUUAAUAAUCCUUUAUUUUUAGUCUGUCUGCAUCUCCAAAGAGAAGAACUCGGCCUAAAGUAGGCCUAAAGUAGUAAGUAGGAUUUGAGUGUGAAUGAAUGUGUGAAUGAAACAAAACACAACUCCAGGUAUGUUUUCUGAUAAGGAAACAACAGUAUAAUAUCAGAAAAUGGUGUAAUAUGGGCCCUUUAAGUAAGCUUUUCAGUUCAAUUCAAAUCACAAGUCAAAUUCAAAUAAUAUUACAUUUUAUAUAUAUAUAUAUAUAUAUAUAUAUAUAUAUAUAUAUAUAUAUAUAUAUAUAUAUAUAUAUAUAUAUAUAUAUAUAUAGCUAUAUAGCUAUAUAGCUUUUGCACACUUUAGUAUUUGUUAAUUAUGAUCAUUUCAUAAUCAAAAAUACCUAUAUAACAUAAAGAAACGGGUAAGCCACAUAAAACAUAGCUACAUAAAUAAAUAAUAUAAAUGGUAUGUAUGACAUUUCCCUAUAUGCUUAAAACAAUGUAAUUCUUUUCCAUUGUAUUUUAAUUUCUUCAGAUGCACCUGUUUAGCUGUUUUACUCACAUACAUUUUCAUAUUACAACUUCACAACUCUGACAAAUCCAAUAAUAUCAAGCACUUAAAAUCAGUAAAAGCAACAAAAGUGACUGAAGUUAUCGCCAAAACGUCAAACCAUUUCUACAAUCCUCGACGAAUAAUGUGAAAAGAAUGUCGUUGCCCAAAAGCACCAGGUCUUAGUUGAACCUGUGCCUGGCUUUUGUCUUCCUUUUUUUUACUGUAAUCAUUUGCCGCUCGCUGAAUAUUUAGUAGUAUUUCCGUCGAAUGCUGGAAAAAAAAAUGCCUUAGAUUUUAGAGAUUUUGGUCAUUGUUGCCUUAAUGUGACAGUCAGGAACAGACUGGAUUAUUCUGGGUAAUAAUAAUAAUAAUAAUAAUAAUAAUAAUAAUAAUAAUGGAACAUCUGAUCAUUUUAAUGGUUUAUAUUGUUCACUUUUGACCUGGCAUUUGAACAUACCUUGAACAUAAAGAUGCACUGUGUAACAUUUCUAGUGGUGGUUCUGCUACCUGCUACCAUAGAGAUGUUACUGCUUUGAUUUGAUUAUUCCACAGUAUGGAAAUAAAGUUGGUUAUCACAAGUUCAUGGUCAGAUCUAUCGAGAAGCAAGCCCAUACAUGGCAAGAAUUCUUGUUUUUCAAAGUAUUUUUGAGCUAUAAAACACUUGUAACUGAAUAAACGCAAGGCAGAUAUGUUUAAUGCCAUACUGUGGAACAUUCCAUGCAAAGAAGAGACAGAAAUGUAGCGGACCCUCAACUUUUUAAAUUGCAUAGUGCAUCUUUAAAGAUAUCUGGACAUUAAAGGAUGGAGAAAUAUUUGAAAUUAGCCCAUAUUCAUUUAUUUAUUUACAUUACACAAUUAAAUUAUACAAACAGAUUUAUACUUAUCUUUCUCCAUGGAAACGAGGAAUGGAACAUUUCAGAAUUAUCCCCCAAAAAACUACUCUUGAUGUACAAUACUAUUAAAAAAAUAUGAUCUGCAACACUCCAAACCCCCCAAAAUGAUUGUUCCAACUAUAAUGUAUGGAACUGUAUUAUGAUUAACCAGAACAAUUGUAUUACUUUCUUUACUAUGCUUCUGUUAAAGUUGCAUUGUGUAACUUUUCUAGUGGAGAAUCCGUCAAAUGCUUUUCUCCGUGACGAUGUUAUUGCUUUGUCUGGAAUGUUUCACAGUUUGGCAUUAAACCUUUCUAUCUUCAUGGAGACCAAUCUGAUCUGUGGAGAGGUGACCCCGCUCACACUCAGAAUGCAGGUAUUUUUGAGCUAUAAAACCACUUGUGACUGAAACGUAAUGUAAAGUAGAGCUGUUUAAUGACAUACUGUGGAACAUUCAAGGUAGAGCACUGAGAUAUCCACAGAAACAAGCAGGUGAUGGAACCCCAAACAAAACGUUACAUAGAGCACCUUUAAGUUGUAAAUGCCAGGUUUAAAGUGUUUCUUCCUUAUUGGUUGACGUUACAUCUGUGCUCCUCUGACUUGAUUGCGUGACAAAAAUAAACACUAUUAGCAGAGCCAUCACUGUGAAGGCCACCUGGAAGAAACAAAACACUAGACGCACCAUAAAACUGACUUUGUUGUUUGAUUUUGCAUCACCAGCUCUGAUCAAAACAUCAGGCAAAGAAGCAAUAUAGUCUACAGCAGCUGUGAGUGAGCAGCAACCGAGUGUCUCUUAUUUUCUGUUCAGAUUUGUGCCCAACAAGGAAACGAAAAUGACCAUUCAGGUGUAACUUUACUGAAAGAUGAACUGAAUAACGGAUAUCUUCAAUACCUGAGAGUGGUCAAGUUUUUCUCUUGUUUUUUUCUCUUAGAUAAAAUGUCAGGAAAAAUGUCAAAGAAGAGGAUAUGAGGGACUGUGAGAUCUGGUUAGACUUGGGUUAGUCCUGAUUCAGAUGUGGUUUAGUGCUGGUUCAGACCUGGUUUAGACCUGAUUUAGUCCUGGUUCUGUUUGAUUCCCGGUUUAGUUCAGGUUUAGUCUUGGUCUAGUUCCAGGUUUAGUCCUGGCCUAGACCUGGUUUAGAUCGGAUUUAGUCCUGAGGAAUUAGACCUGGUUUAGUCCUAAUUUAGUCCUGGUUCAGACCUGGUUUAGACCUGAUUUAGUCCUGAUGGGUUAGACCGGGUUCUCUACAAGUCUCCCGUUUUAGUCAAGCUUUAGUCCUUGUCUAGUUCCAGAUUUAGUCCCAGGUUAUAAUCAUUUUCGAUGUAGUGCUUGUACAAGUGUGAAUCCACCCUUAGCCAGGACAAAUGAAAUGGGACUAAACCGAGACUAAACCAGGUCCCACCCAGGAGGAUGAAACCAGGACUGCACCAGGACUAAACCAAGACUAGAAUAGACUAAAACGGGACUAGAACAUGGUCAAACCAAGUCAACAUUAGGACUCAAAUAAUCUAGGACCAAACAAAGUGUGAACACAGGGUGUCCUGUUUUAGUCCAAAUGGGAUAGGUCUGGUUUUGUCCUGGUUUAGUCCAGAAUGGUGAGACUUGGUUUGGUCUGCUUUGGCAAUGGUCAGUAUUAGGAAUGAGUCAGAAUGUGAUAUCUUAUAGUUAUGUUUAAUAUUGCAUUAUUAGUAUAGUUUUUGACACAGUAAAUUCACUUAAAUUUAAAUGUGUCAAAAUAAAAUCUUCAUACAGGUUAAACCAAGACCAAAUCUCAAUAAUUUUGCGAUACGCUGUGCAACCCUCGUUAAUAUUUAUCAAAUGUGGUCCAAGGAAAAAAACUGUGACCAGCCAAUAAGCCGAUAGUUAUUUUAUGUUUGAUUAGUAACAAUAGAAAAACACAUUACAUUUGUCUGAAUUGCCUUUCCUUGUGUCUUGACGAGCCUUAGUUACAAAAGACAUGUUAAAUUUGUUGACAUCUGUUGCCAAAUUAGCUUAAAGGUGCAUUGUGUAACUUUUAUGGUGGGGGAUCUGUCAAAUGCUUUUCUUCAUUGAGAUGUUAUUGCUUUAUCUCAAAUGCUUCUCAGUGUGGUAUUAAGCUUUUCUAUCUUCAUGGAAACCAAACGCACUCACACUCAGAAAGCCUGUUUUUCUAGGUAUUUUUUUAGCUAUAAAACCAACUGAAUAAAAGUAAUGUAGAGCUGUUUAAUGCCAUACUGUGGAACAUUCAAGGCAGAGUAUUUACAUAUGCAUAGAAACAAACAGGUGAUGAUAACCAAAAACUUUCAUGGUGCAUCUUUAAACACAGGUGUCAACAAACAGAAAGAGAGGUAGGCUUUUAAAAUGAGUUUUAAAUGCUGGAAUACAGUUUACACAUAAAACACACCAGCUUUGUUUUUCUCUUAAGUAUGUGUGUAAGUGGUCAUAUGUGGACUGUUUGUGCUGACUGGCCACAAAUGUUGCUUUUGUUGUCAUUGUUUGAAUGGGGAAUAAAAUAUAUAUGUGAAGCAGA